GAAUAACAGAGAACGGUGAAGAACUGAAUGUAUUCUGCAAGCUUUUCAGUGUCUGAUAAACUAUCACAUAAUAGUAUCUCGUAAGGCAGCUCUUUUGCAUGUUAAAGCGCAUAUACAUAUAUGUUUUUUGUGAUUUAGCCUUUUGGCGAAGUGUAACUGUGCGUUCCGGUGUCAUCUGUGGUUCAGAGAUGUUGUAUUUCAUCGGUCUUGGUCUGGGCGAUUGUAAAGACAUCACUGUUAAAGGUUUAGAGAUCGUCCGGCAGUGUAGUCGUGUUUAUCUGGAGGCUUACACGUCCAUACUGACCGUCGGGAAGGAAGCUUUGGAGGAGUAUUAUGGGCGCGAGUUGCUGCUGGCAGACAGAGAUAUAGUGGAACAACAGGCGGAUGAGAUCCUGAAGGGAGCAGAUGUCAGUGAUGUGGCAUUUCUAGUGGUUGGUGAUCCUUUUGGAGCUACGACCCACAGCGACCUGGUUCUGCGAGCGUUGAAUGCUGGGAUUCAGUAUCGCGUUAUUCACAAUGCCUCCAUCAUGAACGCGGUGGGCUGCUGUGGAUUGCAGCUGUACAACUUCGGGGAGACGGUGUCCAUUGUGUUUUGGAUGGACACAUGGAGACCUGAAAGCUUCUACGAUAAGAUCAAAAAGAACAGGGAUAUGGGCCUGCACACGCUGUGCCUGCUGGAUAUCAAAGUCAAAGAGCAGUCCAUGGAGAAUUUAAUGAGGGGUCGAAAGAUUUACGAGCCUCCCAGGUACAUGACUGUCGCUCAGGCAGCUGAGCAACUCCUGGAGAUACUACAGAACCGACGGGAUCGGGGCGAGGAACUGGCAAUGACUGAAGACACAGUGUGUGUUGGUCUGGCUCGGGUCGGAGCCGAGGACCAGACCAUCCGUUCUGGGACACUGCAAGAGUUGGCAUCCAGUGACCUGGGAGGACCACUUCACUCAAUGAUCAUCAGCGGACACCUUCACCCUCUGGAGGUGGACAUGUUGAAACUCUUCAGUGGUCCUGAGGGAUUGAAGACCUUGAAGAUGACCGAUAGUUCCACAUAUGCUUCUUGAUAUCCAAGAAGCUUGUGCUCCUCAAGAAAGAAGUUCCCUUUCCAGUGCUCCUGGGAUUUUUUUAAAAGGAAAAGCGGACAAGCCGGUCCACAUGAGAGCCUGGAGCUGCCGGAGGGUCAGGAGAGCACACAA